CUGGCAAAUGCCUUAUGUUAAUAGACUAGAAUUGGUAUUUCGGCGUCGUCGACACCAGCACUGACUAAACUUCAGAAUUACUGUUUUCUUUUAGACGAUCUGAUAAAUAAUACUUGAAUUAAAAUCGUCGGAAAAGCUCUAGGUGUGAUAGAAAGUAUCCUCAGCAAGCAAAAUAAACGCAGAAGCAAUAUUCCACACACAUACACAGUUAACGAAAGAGCACAGGCAUACCCACACAAGCGCACAAAAAGUCGAGGGGCGACAGCAACAACAAAAAAGUGUGGAAAAUCACAAAACCAAUACAUUUCUCCAUUUAUUUGAAAGCACUGGGCCCCAGGAAAAUGCCAACCAAGGAGCGCCACAUAGCCAUGAUGGGCUACCGAUCAGUGGGCAAAUCGUCGUUAUGCAUACAGUUUGUGGAGGGCCAGUUCGUGGACUCCUAUGACCCCACCAUCGAGAACACCUUCACGAAGAUCGAGCGUGUAAAGUCGCAAGACUACAUCGUCAAGCUCAUCGACACGGCGGGCCAGGACGAGUACAGCAUAUUCCCGGUGCAGUACAGCAUGGAUUACCACGGCUACGUCCUGGUGUACUCGAUAACCAGCCAAAAGUCCUUUGAGGUGGUGAAGAUCAUAUACGAAAAGCUGCUCGAUGUGAUGGGCAAGAAAUAUGUACCUGUGGUGUUGGUCGGCAACAAGAUCGAUCUGCACCAGGAACGAACCGUUUCCACGGAGGAAGGCAAGAAGCUUGCCGAGUCCUGGCGAGCUGCAUUUCUGGAAACGUCCGCCAAACAGAACGAAUCCGUGGGAGAUAUAUUCCAUCAGCUACUGAUCCUCAUUGAAAACGAGAACGGCAAUCCCCAGGAGAAGAGCGGUUGUCUUGUAUCGUAGGGCGGCUGGGAAGCUGAAACUGCGGCCGAACUGUUGGGAAUACGGCAAAUCGCUAUGGCAAUACGAAAAUCGAUUAUCUCUUAUCUACACAGUUGGGCCAGCGUGCAUGGCGGGGCGGGCCGUACCCCUUGUGCGCAGCAGGAAAAUCUAAAAACCUAAUAGACCUAAUAGUUCUAAGACCACACAACAAGUAACCAAUAUCAAGCGAACUAAAUGCGUCCGCUAACGCUGCCCAGCAGGUUUUGUGGUUCGCGUUUAGCGCAACACAACAGGUUUAAGUUAGUACGUUUUUUUCACAACAACAAUUCAGUUACAAAUUUCAUAUACAAAUUCUGCAAACCUUUAGUUUCAAUUUAAAUAUAAUUUUUCAAAAUACUA